AUGGAUCAUGUUCUUCACAUGGUCACUCGGGGCAUCAGCACAGGCAUAGCCGUCGCUUCAGAAGCAGUUGCCGCCCAUAAAGAAAAGGGUUCUGGCGGAAACGCUAAUACUCGAUGGAGCGAAGAUGCGGAGGGCGUCUACGUUGACCGAGAAUGGGAGUUCGAUGGAGCCAUUGAUGAAGAAGGGAAGGAAUAG